AUGACCGGGAGAGUGUUUGUUCUCCCUCAAAAUUCCGCUAGUCAACAGCUGGUAGAACUCUUCCAUCCCGUUACCAAACAUGCAUUCAGAUAUCUAUUGACAUCUGACGAAUUAUUACAUGUCUUAAAGGUAGGCGAUUCUACUCAACAACGUUCUUGGUUCAUAGGAGAUCGUGUUGUCUCCGAUGGGCAUAUAUAUAUAUGCACUCCAGUGGAUUUGGUAGUUUUUCUGCUUCCUCUGCUGCAAGAGUUGACUUGGAAUCGAAGAUUUGAACCUUGCCGUUUCGUAUCCUUUGAUGAUAUAUUCGAUCAUUUUAUUUCCCAAGGAGCUCAUUAUUCCCGGGUUGGUGAAAUUCUUGUCUCGAAAAUAGAACAUACGCUGCAAAGAAUAUGCAAAAUAAAUGAAGCAGUGGGCUCAUUACCAAAAACAUAUCAAUUGGAUAAAGAUGCGGUCAUCCAAAUGCUUCAUCGGAAACUAGUAAUUGCGCAGGAAAACCUACCGCAAAGUGUAAUACGUGAAUUGAAUCACCAACUAGCACCAUUGGACUUGGAAAGCCCUAUCCCUGAAGAAAUGUUUCAUCUGGCAUGUAAAGAGCAUGCUGCAUAUUUUGUUUUGGAAGACUUCCCCGAAGAUUGGUUCAACCGAAUAAUCUGUGGGCAGAAAGAAUUCUUACCAUUGCAUACAUACGUAGAACAACUUGGUGAAGAACGAAGAAAAAAGAGAGAAAAAGAAGAAAUGUUAGUUUCAAGGAAACGGCCGCUUGGUGUUAAUAAUGAUUCUAAUGCCGUGAAACCAUCUACAAAAAAUAAUGGGAAUAAGAAGUCUAAACAGUUCUCUGGAGAAGGAAUGGCAAAAAUAUCUUCCUUUUUUCAAAAAAAAUAA